AUGGAGGAGCACCAUGGCCAUGGACGUGGCUCAUAUAUAUGGGGAAAAAGCGUACACAAUACCCGCAUCGAGCGUCUGUGGUGCGAUGUUACAAACGGCUUUGGAAGAAAGUGGAAGAAGUUCUUUGUUGAACUAGAAGCAAACUAUGGCCUCAUUCCAACACGUUCCGAGCAUAUCUGGCUCUUACACUUUCUAUUCCUGGAGUGCAUAAAUCAAGACGCACAUGAGUGGGCACGCACCUGGAAUAACCACAAGCUCCAGAUUGCAGGCGAGCGUGAACGUAGCCCUCGAGACAUGUUCACAUUUGGAAUGGUUCAACAGGGGCCACGAGGAAUCUCGACCAUAUUAGCCCCCGAAGAUGACGACCUUGAUGCAGAUGAAGUGCAGUCAUAUGGUAUUGACUGGGAGGCCAUGGCAGACACGGAGAUCAUGCAGCAUCACCUCGAGCAUAAUCCCGAUCAAUGGGAAGAUACAAAUCCAUUCUCCUCGACCACCACUCCCUCCCAGCUCUCAGAGGUUGUUUGCGACGCUCCCAACUGUCCCUUAUCAGCGCAAGAGCUUGCUACUCUAACUCAGCAUCUCCAUGCGACUGUUGACAUACACUCAUCAAAUAUGAUAGUACGGCGUAUGUUAUGGCAGCAGGCUCUGCUAUGUUGCUCCCUGUUUUGGCGACCGUCUAUUCUCUAG